GUGAGAAGGCAGACACUAGCUCUAAUCUGAAAAGCCGAAAACCAAACCUAGCCUCAGAUACUACAGCGAGCUACAUAGCUGAAGGUACAGGUUACUACGCUCGUACAUGUUCCGAUAGUGCAGUGGGGUUAUUGCCAUACUUGAGCGAGCCAGUGACCAGGCACAUCACACAAUGGGAUAUGUCUUAAAACAAAGACGUGCCACUGGUCAGAAGCAGUGCCGCUUUGGGAAACCACCUGACACGAAGGCCUAUAAACUUUCAGGCACUAUUAUUUCUGGGCCUGGCUCGGUUUGGAUUUGGAAUUUUACGCCAGUUGCAACUUACAUCACCUGACAAGCGACUGGUAUCCUCUACAUGGACCCUUAUACCCUAAAGCCAUAUACUGGUGG